AUGGAAAGUCACGAAAGAAACUCAGUGCAAAAGAGAAACGAAAGUUAUGGCCAGAAUCUGACCCUGAGGCAAAUUGGGGCUCAAUUCCCGGACAUUGAUACGGUCUUCUUGCGGCAAGCUUGGGCAGAUAUCAGGGCUUCUCAGCGAUGCACCAGGUCAAGGGCCAAGCAGAGCGGUUAUUGA